UACAUGCCAUUCAUCAUUUUUUUGAUCACAAGAGUCUGCGAAGAACUUGCCACUCAAAAAAGAUACAGAUGCAAACAAAUUUCCCCCAACAGCACCAACGUGAGGCUCUCAUUCAUCUAAGAUAACAAAUGUCCCAUACAAGAGCUUCUUAGACAAUGUCAAAAGAAACUAUGAAGAAAAAGGUAGAGCAUGAGCACGAACAUGAAAUCCUCAAGGCUGUGGCACAAGCAUGGCACGGUCACUCCAGCUCCGGCAGUUCUACGACAACUAGUGAAUUCGACACCCACCGGAGGAACUUCAAGAGCAAGCCCACUCGCUUCAAACUCGAGGCAAUGAGCAAAGCAACGGCGAAGGAGUCCGGCAGUGGGAAUUGGGAUUUUGGGCAAUCUCUUUGGGAUUCUUACGAGCUUGUGACUUUAUCGAAGAAGUUAGAGGCCGGGUUAGUAUUAGAUCAUCAAUUCUCCUCGUUGGAUCCAUUUCGGAUUGUUAAGAGACGCAAAGAGAGUAAGAAUAGCCUUAGAAAUUUAAUUGGUCGAAUGUCUGCAAAGAGAUUUGAUGAUGCUGAUAUUGUCCCACAUGAGGAGGGCACUCAAUUUUGAUCUGUUUUGGUUAGUCUAGCUUUAACAUUAAUUUUCUUAAAGAUUAAAGAUGUAACUAAUACUAUGUUUCUGUUUUUGACUUGUCAAUUGAGGGAUGCUACUUCUCGUAUCUGUGGUGCGCCUUAUCACUCUAAAUCUAACAAUUUUUUUUUCUUGCAAAAUUAUACUCUUUGUAAUCAGAAAAUUGAUUUCCUUACUGUUGUUUAGUUUUUUUUUUUUAACACUCCUAGAAGUUUCUAUACAUGGGAAUGGGUGAUUGAAGCUCGAACUUAAGUUGGCGAUCGGGUG